AUGAGCGGCCCACCGCCGGCUUACGAUGAGCACGAGAAAUAUGCGACGAGUCAACCCGAAUACAUGGCCACAUUUCAUUCAGUUCCGACGCCUGGUUCGCCUAGAACGACCCUUCGUCCACCAGGUCACGCUAUUUAUGAUCACUCGUGCUCCACACAUCCACCCACCCACAUCCGAAGUCAAUAUGAAUGCCACGGGACUCCCGUCUAUCAAUAUAGAAACACACUAAUAUCCCAACCACCAUAUCUAACAGCCGACCAGCUGAGGCGACGUCGACGCUUUAUUGUCGGUCUCAUUAUUCUUCUUCUCCUUUUACCGAUUCUCAUUUUCUUCAUCGUUAUGAUUGUAACUGUUUGGGGACGAAAAAGC